AUGGGUCUCAUUCGACUAAAAUCAAAGCGUUGGCAGGGCUGGAUUCCUUCUGGAGGCUCUAGUAAUCAAGAUGAUUACCAGCUGGUUCGAAAACUUGGUCGGGGAAAGUAUAGUGAAGUAUUUGAGGCCAUUAACAUCACCAACAAUGAGAGAGUGGUUGUAAAAAUUCUCAAGCCAGUGAAGAAAAAGAAGAUAAAACGAGAGGUUAAGAUUCUGGAGAACCUUCGUGGUGGAACAAAUAUCAUUAAGCUGAUUGACACUGUGAAGGACCCUGUGUCAAAGACCCCAGCUUUGGUAUUUGAAUAUAUCAAUAAUACAGAUUUUAAGCAACUUUACCAGAUCCUGACAGACUUCGAUAUCCGGUUUUAUAUGUAUGAGCUACUUAAGGCUCUGGAUUACUGCCACAGCAAGGGAAUCAUGCACAGGGAUGUGAAACCUCACAAUGUCAUGAUAGAUCACCAGCAGAAGAAGCUGCGACUGAUAGACUGGGGUCUGGCGGAGUUCUACCAUCCUGCUCAGGAGUACAAUGUCCGUGUAGCCUCGAGGUACUUCAAGGGCCCAGAGCUCCUUGUGGACUAUCAGAUGUAUGAUUACAGCUUGGACAUGUGGAGUUUGGGCUGUAUGUUAGCAAGCAUGAUCUUUCGAAAGGAGCCCUUCUUUCAUGGACAGGACAACUACGACCAGCUUGUUCGCAUUGCCAAGGUUCUGGGUACAGAUGAGCUGUAUGGGUAUCUGAAGAAGUAUCACAUAGACCUAGAUCCACACUUCAACGAUAUCCUGGGACAACAUUCACGGAAACGCUGGGAAAACUUCAUCCAUAGUGAGAACAGACACCUCGUCAGCCCCGAGGCUCUAGAUCUUCUGGACAAACUUCUGCGAUACGACCAUCAACAGAGACUGACUGCCAAAGAGGCCAUGGAGCACCCGUACUUCUACCCCGUGGUGAAGGAGCAGUCCCAGCCCUCUGCAGACAAUGCUGUGCUUUCCAGUGGCCUCACGGCGGCCCGGUGAACACUUGGAAGGCGACGGGUAAUGCGGCAUUGAUGCUUGCCAAUAAAUCCAACCAACCAAACACAAAUCUGGAAGGAAAACUACAAUGUGAUAAAAAGAAAUUCUAGUCAUUCCUUCUAAAUGCAAAGAAGAGUAAAGACCUAACUGUCUGUCAAAAAGCAAGAAAUCCCCCAGUACUAGUCUGCAGGGAGCUGCCGCUGCGGCAGCGUGACAAUGCACAUAGUUCAGGACCUGAGGGAACGCUCCCUUUGGAAUGCAUGGGAGAUGAGAGACUCGGAGUUGUUGUACAUUUACCUUUAUUUAACAGGAGACCACUGUUGAAUUAACCCGUUCAGUCAACAAGCUCUGAAUAUCUGACUUCCUAUCUAUUCCACUGUGGUCUGGGUUUCCUUUGGUGAGAUUCAGGCUCAAGUUUUAGCAAAACGUCAGCAGUCUAUACUGACACACCAGCCUCAUUUACGUAAAGGAGAUAUUAAAACAGUGACAGUAUUUUUUUUUUUAAGCUCUUUUACAAAUUCAUGUUUUAUGUAUUUUUUUAUGACAUGAGCUCUCUAGGAAAUGUACCUCAUCCCUGCAGUUUUCUUCCGAGUGUAUUCAUUUGGGAGCAAACUGCAGUCACUCACAAGAGGCCCCUUUUGCCGUCAGCAGGCAUCACUUGAAACCUGGUGACGCCGUGAACAGGUCCAUCUGUCUCCUCAGAAGUUUGAUGCGAAGUGCAUAACUUGGAGCUCACUGUAACCUUUGUUGAUUUGCCUAACCAUAAAAUCUUGUUGCUAUUUUUUC